CUGGGGCCUGCUUGAAGGAUCUUCCAAGAGAUCCUCCUGCUGAGUCGAUUGGCGGCAUCGAAGGAAGAAACAUGAGGGCCCAUUACUACCUUCUAGCUGUGGCUACAACGUUGGCACUUGCCACGGGGGAGAAACUGGGAGACAUCGAGGUGAUCACAAGGGGGGAACUUGGAGAUGGGGGUCUCGUCCCCCCAAAUAAAGACAGCUUUGCCCAGACGAACGAUGAGGUGAUCCAAGGAAAGAACAACUUUCUGAGUUCACCGGAGCUAAAGACUGAAGCGAAGUUCAUUCCUCCACCUGCUCUUAGCUAUUUGCCACCUGUGAAGACUCCACUGCCAAUAGAACCCACAGCCUCUCCAUAUACCCCAGCUCCAGUUCUCAUCAAGGACGAGUACUUACCUCCUUCUCGGGGUGUUCCUGCCGAAGUCAAACCCGUAGUGGAGCCUCCUAACACCUUGUACUCUGCUCCUAAGCCAGCAGCAGCUGACGUCUUCCUACAGCCUGUGGCAACACCUCAAGUUCCUAUCUUCCCUGCAUCACCCAGACCAGCACCUAUCCCACCUGUACCUGUCCCCCAAGACGACAGCUACUACCUGGAGGAACACGAAGUCGAGCAGCCAGGAUUCUUUUCGAACAUUCAAGACUCGAAGCUCUCCGUGCUGAACGGAAUUGUUGGGGCGAAGACUGCCGUCAUCAGUGGUCUGCGUAAUGCUGGGGAUUCGCUCUACAAUGGCGUCACAGGGGCCUUGGCCGCCAAGGCAGCCGCCUUCAGCAGCCUGAAGAACGCGGCCACCGGCGGCGGCUACAGCAGCAACAACCAAGCCCCCAGCACCUACGAAUCCGAGGGUGGAUACGGAAGCAAUCCGAGCGUUGGCGUGGCCGGUACGAAUGUUGGUAACCGCUACCCGGCGCAGCCAAUUCCUCCGCCCUCCAGCCAGCAGACCCCAGCUCCUCUUUAUGUGCCAAUCCCUGUGACGACUUACCCUGCGUAUCCUCCCUACCCGCCGAAGGUUCCCGAGUACAGGCCUCCUCAGGUGUAUGCUGCUCCCAUACCUGUCUACCAGUACAGGACCCUGCCAGUACGAUCAAGAAAACCUUCAUUAACUAACGCUAUUUCAAGGGCCAUCAGGCGUCUGAAGGCUCCUUUCCAGCCUCACUUUAGGUAUGCCCAUCGUCACUGGUAAACGGAAGAAGAAGAAGAAGAAGUAGAAGGAGGGGGAGGAGGAGGACAGCAAAUGGUAAACAAAUCACCACCUAUGGGUCUAGGAUCUUCGUAAUGCACCUCGCCUCUUCUGAUGGACAAAAUCCAACUUCGGCCUAGCGACGAAAAAAUAGGCUGGAGGUUCUUGAAGCAUUGCAAGCAAUUUCUCGCUUGAACUUACAUCAUCAUUUGAGAUUGCUGGCAUUAACUGGGGAAAUGUAUGGUAUACGCAUGUAUCCUUCGUGGAUUCAAAGGGUGUUUCUGUUUUUGAAUGAAAUCACAUCAAUAUAAGGUACUGAGGGCAUUUAGCAGUUUAUUUAUUUACGGUUAUUUGCAUCAUGAAGCCAAUGGCCAUUGAUGUUGAUAACGGUAUUUAAAGUACAAAUUCUGGUGUUUACAGAUUUAGGUCCUAUGACAAUAAUUUCAGAUAAAAUUAAACCUUCUGCAUAGACCAGCCUCUGAAAUCUAUCUUCAGACAUCACUGGCUAUUGUAUACAUCUGUAGCUCACUCGCGCCACUAGACUUUUUCAAGAAGGGUUUCCAGUUCGUCUCAAAAGUACAAUUUUCUUCACACAAAGUCAUUAUUUCAACUCAUUUCUUCUCAGGUUGAGACAAAUAUAUAUAUAAUUUUGCUAACGUUUCUUUCGGAAUGCAUAUUAAGCUUAUGAUCUAUUUGUUUUUACAUAAUUUUACUCGUAUUUGUGUGUUUUCCUCCACUAUGUCUACUUUCCCCUUCAAAUUAGAUGUCCUUUCUUACAGUCUUUCCAAACUUUGAAUGUCAAAGUGCUUUGGCAAAGAGAUGUGGACAAGUCAGCAUUACAGUCAGUUUGGGAAUGAAAACGCAUUGGUGAGUUAAUGUUAACAUUUCAUAAUCAGACUUUUUAAACGUUUUUCAAGGUAUAUUCUGAUCCAUCAUGAUGUUCACGGUUACAGAAUUUCCCAAUUUUGCAGAUUAGAAAAGCUAAAUUGAAUGUGAAAUUUUAAGAGAUUCUGAGAAAAAAAUCAAAUUUUAAGAUAUGUAGUAACACUAAAAGCCAAGCGAAAAGUCGGUCCCUUUUACCUCAGGCUCUUUCAAGACGCUUCAGCGGUUCCAAACGCUGAACAAAUAUCUGUUCAUCCAUUUAAAACAAAGAAUUCAUGUAACACUCUUCAGACAUUGAUUAAACUUUAUUAAAUUUCAAAAACAUAUUAUAGGCAUCAAUUUUAUUGAUUUUUAAUGAGAUAUAAGUAGUUUCUAAGGUGAAAUUAUUAAAUAUUUAAUUUUUUUUUUUGCCACUGUUGUUCUGACAGUACUACAUUUUUAUGAUUCUCUGAAUAAAUGGCUCUUGUAGUUUCAAAGGUUGGUGACCCCUGACCUAGGGUUAAGUGAAAUAUUCUAUCAAGGAAUUAUAUGACCGUCAUCUAUUUUCAUUUCAUUGUCAUCAGAUUUAAAAUAUGGACUUACAUAUCAGCAAAGAAUACUGGUCACAGCAGACGAACAUCAAAGGGGCCAUUACCACAGUUAAUAUAAAGAGACUAUCGACCAUCAGUGUACAUCAAGAAGGGGGCAUUAAAUGAGAGACAGACAUUUGACAGAUUGCUUAAACUAAAUUGCCAACCACCAACACAGUUGCCUGAUUGCUUGUUAGCCAAAGGAAACGUCAGAAGCUGCCCAUAAAUUAGGCAUGCUAUCAAAACUGUAGAACGUCAUUAGGC